AUGACGAUGGAUAUUCAUCAUAUCUGGACACUAACUAUACUGCUGCUGUAUGAAGCUAAUAUUGUGCGAGGUGCCACAGAAGAAUGCGGAUCAAUUCUAACAGGACAAGGAGAUCUUGAGAGUCACGGAUAUCCUAACGAAUAUCCGAAUAACUAUCAAUGUGAUUGGACAUUUAAGGCCGGUGCAGAAGAUGAAGUUGAUUUAUUAUUCACUGAUUUUUAUAUAGAAGAAUCUCCUCAAUGUCGAUACGAUUCAUUGCAAAUAUUUGCUAUGGGAUAUUCCCCAAAGUUUUGCGGCGAAGGAGUACAAAAAAUCAGUCCUAAGGGAGUUUUAUCAGUAAAAGGAGAAGUUAAAUUAAAAAUGGUUUCUGAUGCAGAAGAUAGUUUUCGUGGAUUUUCAAUGAAAUAUAGGAUUACCCCUAAGCCUACGGAAGCUCCGCCGACAACUGAGGCUCCCAUCAACGAAGCUCCAACAACGCCAGAGCCCGAGACAGAAGCACUGACUCCCCCUCCGCCAACGUCGUGCGCAGAAGAUCCGUGUAAAAACGGUGGAGAUUGCAUUGAUGUAGAAGAGGGAGAGAUCUAUUGCUUUUGCGCUGAUGGAUUUACUGGAACAUAUUGCGAAAUAAACAUAGAUGAAUGCGCUUCGUCUCCCUGUGAAAAUGGCGGAACAUGCAUUGACGGAGUUGAUGAAUUUAGUUGCGAAUGCCCUCAAGGUUUUCUAGGAGAAUUAUGUGGAGUUGAUAUUGACGAAUGCCAAGGACAGCCUUGUAAAAACAAUGGAACGUGCAUUGAUGGAGCAAAUUCAUUUGAUUGCAAAUGUGUUCAAGGCUUUACGGGAUGGAAUUGUGGUCAGGAGCUUGACGAGUGUGAAUCUGGACCUUGCCAAAACAUGGGGGUAUGCGAAGAUUUUGUCGGAUAUUAUAAAUGUAUUUGCUAUCCUGGAUAUACUGGUGUAAAUUGUGAAAUACCACCGCCGACUACCCAACCUGCAACAAAAGUGGCUGAAGAAACGACUCCAGAGAUAACAACACAACCAUUAGCAACGACACAAGCAACUACCACAAUCAUGACAACAACAAUACCUUCCAUCGAAACCUCAGCACCAGAGACGUUGGAAACAGAAGCUGCAAAGCCAGAAACAACUGUUGCGACUCCGACAAUGAGCCCAACAGAGUCCAGUUCAGAAGAUCAAAAGACCAACAAAGCGGAAAACGAAUCAGAGGCACCAAAAGAUACAGAUAAUGCAGCUAAGGAGGAUGGCAACAAUCCAGAAACAUUAGUAACGACCACUGAACCAACUUCUAUGGAAGAGGCACCAAAAGAUACAGAUAAUGCAGCUAAGGAGGAUGGCAAUAAUCCAGAAACAUUAAUAACGACCACUGAACCAACUUCUAUGGAAGAUGCAAUUUUCUCGACCACUACGCAUGGAAAUGCUACUCUAUCAAUUUUUUUCUCGACGACUUCUAAUGCUGAAACUAAUACUACAAAUGAUGAACUCGACAGCAUGGCUUCUGCUUCGUCUGAAGCCGUCUUGAGCCCGAUUAGUUUAGCUGGGAUAAUCAUUGGAAUUGUUUUAGUUUUAACUGUACUAUGUUUGGUUGCUUAUCUUAAAUGUAACAACAAGUCAACGACGAAAGUACAGCCAACAAUGGAUUUAUUGAAAGAUGCUCAGGAAACUGAGCCACCACAGAGCCAAAAUCUGGACGACAAAGAACAUGAAAAAACGAAAAAGAAAAACAAACUGUUGUCAGGUAUUAUGUCGUGGAAACCUUAGAUGAAAUCCAUCAUCAUUGCGUCAUAAUCAUCCAAUCAUGCUUCAUCUUAUUUAACGUGAAUCAUGACAAUGAUUACAUUAUAACCUGUCAUACAUGCCCACAUUUUCAUCUCCAAUUAUUGUGAACGGGACAUUUUGCCAAAAGAUGCUCAAAUGCGAUAUGAGCACCUAAAACUUGACAUAAACUAUUGGACAAUACUGGUAUAUAGAGUACAUGGCCUUAUAAAGCGCCAUGACCAGUGUUCCCUCUAAGGUGUGCGCGCGCACGCAGCUUUCAGAGGCUGCGCACACGCAUAGAUUUACUGCGCACAGAUGUAUUUCGAUGUAAUGUAACAAUGUG